GUUGUAAAAGUUAUUCUUCUUGUGAAUGUUGUUCCUGGCGGAGAAAUCUUUGAUUUAGUGGUUCUUGUUUUUGUUGAUAAUGAAACUGCUACUGUAGGUUGUCUAGUUGUUGUCGCUGAAGUAACAACUCAUAAUCACUUAAAAAAAUUAUUUCUUUUAAAUAUUAUUAAAUUAAAUAUAAUCGAUUUAAUUCUAAAUACACAACACAGCAAAGCAUUUUCUUAUACCUCCGCAGCAGUCCUAAUUUAUGUUGUUACUUUUGCCUCAUACGACAGUUUCACUGUUCUCAGCACUGUAUGCUCUCCAUUCUCGACCAAAAUGAAAAGUGAAAAUUGGAAGUUGGCCCAGACUACAGUUCUUUUUUUAUUUUUCUUUGUAUGACCACACCUUCUUCCUUGCG